AACAGCCCAAAGGCUGACACAAGUAUUACUCACUAUGUUGUCCUGAGUUUUCUCCACAAAUAACGGGAAUGAAAGAACUCGAUGUUAAACCUUGGACUUGUAACGAAUCAGCCGAGCAUUGUCCACCGUCGGCCUCAGUCAAAUCCGGUGGACCUCGCAAAGUGAAUGUUCCAAAGUCCAAUCUCAAAGAACAAACGCCUUCAAUGGCCCAAGAAGGAAGCCUUUACAUUUUAUACAUCAUCACUUUACCCGGAUUACCCAAAGCAUGAUGCUUACCCGGAUCACAUUUGGAUAUGGAAUAGGUGCAACCAUCCAACGCCAAACGAGGGGCAGGGAAUUCAGGAUUGGUUAUAUAGCUACAAUUUCUGUUCACUACCGAUCCACAGGAUGAAGCAUCAAAGAUGCAACACGCUCCGAAUCUGAAAGGUCAGAACCAAAUGAGACCCGGAUUGGAUAGGGAUCUCGGAAUGAUAAUCGUUGAUAAGACAAAGAUAAUUUGAACCUCACCCUGCGGCACAAGAUCCGCCGGAAAUUCCUCCGCCGUCCAAGCAUUCGCCAAUCGACAGACAGGUGCCAGUUCUGAAUGAUUUAUUCAUGUAUGAUGAAUUCGGGGGUUUCAGUUCAAGACAAUAAUAACCAACCUUUCGGGUUUUGAACUUGAGCAUUCCACGUUGUUGAAUCGAACCAGAUUGAAGAUGGACAAAACUGAAACGAGAAGUGACUUCUCAUUACAUAAAUAUCCUGGGGUGUGAUUUGAUAUCGAAAUGCUUCACAUUUGGGAGAUCGUUGUUUUGAAGUGUAACAAACGUGAAGAACGACCAUGAUCACGAAAAGGACCUUCAUGAUACGUGUGGAGUCUAAGACAAAUGGUCAGACACUGAUUUCCUUUGGGGUUGGAGAUUGUGAUAAGGUGACUUCGGCAUGCAUAUAUUUGGAUAUUUCGAAACUCUUCAGUCGCUGUUUGGUGGCCAGAGAGGAGAUACCCCCUCCUCAACUUCUACGAUUAUCAAUAUUACUUUACUUACUUAUCAUCGAAAUGAUCAGUCUAGAUAAGCUCGGACUUAUACUCAUCAGCUUGACCCUCAUGAAUUUAAAUGGAAUAUUAGCGAAUGCACCUAAAAACCCAAGAGAGAAGAGGCUGUUUUCUGUCUUCAAUGUGGUUCAAUUCCAAAAUGAGGCCUGUCAAACGCUGAACAAUAAUCAAUUGGGCGUUUGUUACACCGGAGAAGAAUGCUUGAAACGACAAGGAACUGUCUCUGGUCAUUGUGCCUCUGGUUUUGGUGUUUGCUGCUUGUUUCAAGUGGGCUGUAAUAUGGAAGUGAGCGAGAAUUGCACUUACUUCUCAUCCUCCAUUGGAAGAGUUGGAUCCGGGUUUUGCAAUGCCAAAGUCUGUCCUUGCUCCUCAGACAUCUGUCAAAUCCGGUUGGAUUUUCUGGACUUCUCCAUUGCAGGUCCCUCCAUGAGUGCUCAAGUGGCCGGAUUCAGUUUGAACGGGAAUCAAAUCGAAAACACCCAAGGUCCAGCCAUCACGACCACCUCCAGGUGCAUCACGGAUUUCUUUCAAAUCACCAACCCAGGUGGGUCCAACCCGCCCAUUGUAUGUGGUCAGAACUCGGGGGAACAUGUGUACGUGGAUUCGAGCUCGUCAUGUAAUGACUUGUCGUUCUUCAUUCGGCAGUUCAAUCCUGUUCCAAGCUCUGGUCAAGAUAGUUCGUGGUUGAUCAAAAUCAGUCAGUUCGCUUGCACUUUUGGCAAUUUGGCACCGAGUGGGUGUACUCAAUGGUUCUAUGGCACCAAUCAGGGCAUUGUCAAGACUUUCAACUAUGAGGCCGGCGCUCAUCUGGCCAAUCAAGAUCAAUCCAUCUGCAUAAGGCAAGACAAGUGGUCAUUUACUUUUCGGUUUUACCUGAGGCUAAAUGCAUCCUUGGUUGUGUAUCCAAGCGAUGCAUUUCUGAGAAUAGGUAGUCCGAUUUCAGGUCCUCAGCCAUUUUUAGAUUAG